AAUAGAAGAAUAAAAAAAGAAUAUGACUCUUUAUUGGAGAUGCCUGGUAGUUCAAGUUGUGAGACUGAAAAAAUAACUGUGAAGGAAGUGAUAAAAUCAAAAACUGAUGGAGAAUAUGCGGAUAAUGUAAAAUUAUUAAAUAAUUUACAAGCAGUUAUCACAAGUGAAAGUGAUGAUUGUAAUAAUGAUGUAGUCAGCUCACAUGGAAUCAGAUGUUAAUGAAGAAACUUCAACAGAAAAUAAUACUUCAACAGAUAAUGAUGAAUUGUAUGAUAUUCCACAAAGUAAGAAAACAAUUGACUUGAAAGAACAGAUGGCACGAUGGAUUUGCCAUUAUAAUGUAACUCAUACAGCAGCAGGAGCUCUAUUAAAGGCAUUUAAUAAAUUAUUAGAUGAUGAUGCAGGAGCACGUAAUCAAUAUAAAAAGAUGAUUCAGAUCAGAGGUGGCAGAGAUGUUAAGAAACAUAUCCGUCAAAUACUAAUCACCAUAUUAAACGACGAUUUGGCAUGCAAACUAUCGUGGACAGGUCAAAAAAAAACGAUCGGAGUCAAAGACAUGAAAUUUGUUGAUGUUUUUGUAGAAGCCAUGAUCGCUUCGGAGGCUUGCACCAUUCAUGAGGUCCAGACAAUAAUACAAAGCUGGCUUCAGCAUGCCGGUGAUCGCGUUCGAUACCAUGAAAAAAAACACAAUGCAUAA